GGACAAGUUAAUGAAGACAAAUUGAAGGGCAAACUAAGGUCCUUAGAAAACCAACUCUACACCUGUACUCAGAAAUAUUCCCCUUGGGGAAUGAAAAAGGUGCUCUUGGAGAUGGAAGACCAGAAAAACAGCUAUGAGCAGAAGGCCAAGGAGUCACUGCAGAAAGUGCUGGAGGAGAAAAUGAGGGCCGAGCAGCAACUGCAGAGCACACAGCGGUCCCUGGCCCUAGCAGAGCAGAAGUGUGAAGAGUGGAGAGGCCAAUAUGAGGCUCUGAAGGAGGACUUGAGGAUCCUAGGGACCCAGCACAGAGAGCUAGAGAACCAACUCCACGUACUUCAGUCCAAACUUCAGGGAGCAGACAGCAGAGACUCACAGAUGAACCAGGCCCUGCGACUUUUGGAGUAUGAGCAUCAAGAGUUGCAGGCCAAGAUUGAAUGCCUGCAAGGGGACAGAGACCUGUACAGCUCUGAAACCCAGGACCUACAAGAUCAACUAAAGAGAUCAGAGGAGGAGAAACUCACCCUGGUGACUACAGUACAGCAGCUGCAGGGUCUGCUUCAGAAUCAAUCCUUACAACUUCAAGAACAAGAGAAACUCUUAAAGAAAGAUCAGGAUUUGCCUGUGUGGAAUCCAAAACCAUCUCACAAUGAAAUGGAGCCGGAGGGUACAGGGCAGGAGAAAGACUGGGAUCUCAGAGACCAGCUGCAAAAGAAGACUUUGCAGCUCCAGGUCAAGGAAAAGGAGUGCAGAGAACUGCAUUCAGAAUUAGACAACCUCAGUGAUGAGUACCUCUCCUGCAUGAGAAAGUUGCAGCACUGUCGAGAAGAGCUGAACCACAGCCAGCAGCAGCCGCCCAGAAGGCAAUGUGGCCAGUGGUUCCCAAUGUUAAUGGUGGUGAUUGCUACAGCACUGGCAGUGUUCCUGGCUAACAAAAAUAAUCUACUGAUCUGAAUAACUUGUGACAUGUGCCUGGAGUAAAAUCAGAAGCAAGCAACUCAACGAAAAGCUCAGACAGUUUGGGUACUUUACAGCUUGGAUUUCCCCUCCAAAUGAAUUGGAAUUUCUAUUUUUUUUUUAACCUGCUAUAAAUAAACUUCCCAAGAC